AACAUAUACAAUAAUGGGUUCUCGUUCGCGCAGUCCGUCAGUGAAACGCCGCCAUCACAAGAGCAAACACAAAAAACGCAGCAAGAGUAAGUCACACAAUCGCGACAGGGAACGGGACCACGAGCACGAGCGCAGUAGCUGCACCCGCAGCAGUCGCACGGAUAGAGAAAAGUCAGCGGAUAUUAAUCAUGGUCGGCGAGAGCGCGAUAGGCAUCGCAGCGACAGGCACACUCACACGCACCUGCACACACACACAGAGCGCGACUAUCACCGGCACUCGCACUCCAAAUCCCGCAAACGCUCCAGCUCCUCAAGCAGUGAUAGCCAGCAGUACUCGGAUCACGAGACGCAGCGCAGUCGACACAAGCGCAGUCGAUUCAAGAAACUGGAUGAGCAAAAUUUACUUCAGGUAGAGCGACUUGCCGAAAUGGAACGGCAGCGUCGACAAAAGGAAGCUGAGCAGAAAACGAUCGAAGAGCAGGCGGCCAAGCGCAUUGAAAUGCUCGUCAAGAAACGUGUCGAAGAGGAGCUCGAGAAGCGACGCGACGAAAUCGAACAGGAGGUGAAUCGUCGCGUCGAGACAGCCAAAGCUGAAAUGGAACGUGAAAUGAUGCUGGAGCUGGAGAAGCGGCGCGAGCAGAUACGCGAAGAAGAACGCCGUCGCGAGGUAGGUGCUCGUAUUCACAUUUCGCUGGACGACUGCUGCUACCACAAAUACCCAAACUAUCAACUAUCAACACACGCACAGUAUACAGCCUUCGACUACAACUACCGAAAAACACACACAUGUACAAUACCAAUAGCAGUUGCAAACAGUCGUCUUGAACAAACUCAUUUACGAAACUGUGUAGCGACGUUUUCAGUUGCCAACUGUAAUGAGCAGAUGCUAAAGGCUCAGUUUGUCCCUGAGUGUGUGUGCGUGUGUGUAUACAAAUUUAGCUAAUAUUCAUUCACGUAAACCUAUUGAUGUUCUUUUUACACUGCUAAUCCACUAACCUACCUUCAUACCAUACCAAUUAAACGGUUUAACCUUUUGGCUUAUGACCGCAGCACACACACACACUCACACAAACAAACGCUGAGCCGCUGGCCACGUCGUUGCACAUUUCGCAUUACUAUUGCCAAAUAAAUUUUGUAAUUAUUAUUAUUUAUUUUUUUCUACAAACCAAACAUAACGAAAGACAAAUACCCAAAAGCCAAAAAUGUCUCUUGCAGUUUUGACGCCCACAAAAGUGCAUAAUUCAAUUUUUGUGUUACUUUUAGCCUCAUCUAUUCUUGUUUGAUUUCAUUUUGAUUGGUUUCUGUAACUGGUUGUUGUUGUUGUUACAUAAUGCGCGCAAUACUAUGCUUCGAUCAAAUGUGUGUGUGGGUGUGUGCCUGCGUGUGUGAGAGUGUGUCUGUGUUUAGGAGAGAUGGGAUUACA